CUGCCAGUGUUCUCCCGUGAAUGCAUGUGCUCACUUAUCCUCAACCCAUCGACUGACUUUUCGAUUUCGUGGAGAUCUGCCGGCCUGCUAUGGACCAUGGCAUCCAUCACAGUUACCGGUCAUGUCAAACAGCGGGUUGCUCUGUAGAAUACCACAUGCAUUGGGCUGACCACUGUGGCUGUUGUUGAAAAGGUAGGCUUGCCCUGCAGACUCUGUUGACCUGAGAGCAUCAGUGAUAUUCUCCUAGGCCCACACCUGUAUAUUCACUUGACGCUCGUCGGCCCUGCACAACACAAUUCACUUGAACCACUCUAUAUCCAUUAUAAAGCAGUCUCUCCGCAGCCUCUCUCCCCGCAAAAAUUUCUUUCCUCCCUCCACCAACAUCCCCGGCUUGUCUGACAGUCUUCCCAACACCCGCUCACCCAAGUCCAGUCUCCCACUUCACAUCUCCUACAACCAUCACUGUCGCCAUCAACAGUUCUUGCAAGCAGAGCCAGCUACUAGGAACUUCAAGGGUCUCGUUCAGAUUCAUUCCGCGCUUCCCUAUCAAAGCUACGAGUCGUAACCAAAGAUCUGACGGCCGCGUCGACAACAUCCAGUAACAAGCCUUCAUAGCGCAAAAAUCCCAGGCCGGCUUUGUCGACCACCAUCGAACCCUUCGUCACGCGAGAUCCCACAGGUCUCCAGUCCGGAAGCAUUUCUUCGUGCAAUCCCGAUGCCUCAUGGUCUCGCCAAGAAUAUGGUUGCCAACGCUGAGAUGGAGUGGGCUCGUAAUGAGGCGGCCAUGGCCCAAGCCAGGCUGGAGCUCAGAGAGGCCGAGGAACGUCAGGCCAAGCUCGAAUACGACCUCAACACCUGGCCCGAUACCACUCAGGCCCACGAGGGCUGGCUUCCGGUGGCUGUUAACGAGAUUGAGCGCGGAAACCAGUACAUCCUACGGCUUCAGCAUCAACUGUCCAGUGCGGAGGCUAGCCUUGAUGUGGAGCUCCGGCGCAGCGCGCUUUUGAACCUGGAGCUCGAGGUCUUCAGAACCAAGCUUGAGGCCUCCGAGGUCGAUAAAGAGACCGCCUCGACCACCUGCAAUGGUGAAGUGGCUCGGUUGAAGGGCCAAUUGGCCAAGGUGAAAGGCGAGAAGGACGCUGCGCUCCAGAAGGCCGCUGAGAGCGACAAGGCUCUCCAGACCGGAUGUGCCAACUUCACCAGGAAGUAUAACGAGGUGGCGAAGGAGAGGGACACCUUGAAGAAGGAAAAGGAGGCCGCACUCGAGAAGGUCGCCCAGAGCGAGAAGGCGUACCAGAAUGGACGCGCCGGUGCUAUCAAGCGGUACAACGAGGUGUGCAAGGAGAGAGACGAGGCCAGAGAGGCGCUCAAGACCUCCAAUACCGGCAACCUCAACCAGGAGAUUGCCCAGCUGAAGAAGGAGAGAGACGCGGCUCUCGCCGAGGUCGCCAGCUUGGAGAAGAGACUCGAGACCAGCAAAGCCAACUUCAACCGCAAAUACGCCGAAGUACAGAAGGAGAGGAAUGCGGCCCUCGCCGAGGUCGCCAGCUUGGAGAAGAAACUUGAGACCAGAAAAGCCAAAUUCACCCGCAAGUACGCUGAAGUACAGAAGGAGAGGAAUGAGGCCCUCGCUGAGGUUGCCAGCCUGGAGAGAAGACUCGAGACCAGCAAAGCCAACUUCACCUGCAAGUACGCCGAAGUGCAGAAGGAGAGGGAUACGGCCGUUGCGCAGGCUUCCAAGACCAAGGAGGAGUUGGACCGCGGUUUUGCUAAGUUCACCAAGCUUUACAAUGAGGUACAGGCACAGAGGGAUCAGGCCAUCAAUGAGAGAGACACCGUCAAGGAUGAGGUGGCCAAGGUCAUAGACGACAUGAACGAAAAUAUGGACGCGAUGAACGUUCAGCAUGCCGACCACGUCAAGCAGGAAAAACCUCAUUACGACUGGGAGACCGAUGUUUCCUUUCACUGAGGAUAGCUUCACUGCGGUGUACGUCUUACUCUCAUUUGACACCGCGCCAAUUUCAUACUAGGUACAUCGGGAACCCAUCAGACUUUGGCACCUUGCUUUGGCCCGGAGACACUCAUCAUUUACCUUCGUUGCCUAGAUAGAGCUGAAAUUCUCUUCCCUAAAGAUGGUUGAGGACAUUGCUUUCCCAACAAUUGGGAGUUCUUUUAGUCUAGUCAGCUUAGUUUUAGUAGUGGUGUAGGUGUAUUACUUUUUACAGUCAUGUUUCCUUGCUGUUGUGUAUGUGUCCAGCUCAUAAUCUUGUCUCCUCGUCAUUGGAGAUACAUUGUUUCGAUCUCUUCAAUAUCUUGCAUGGGC